AUGCUCAAGUUCCACUUCCCUUCAUAUACCACGUUGUGGUUCACUGUUAUCUUGGGUGCAGCUGCCCUACUUCUCUGUCUAGUUGGAAGAUUGGUUUAUCUAGUACAUUUCCACCCUCUGGCGAAGUAUCCUGGCCCAUGGAUUGCCAAAAUCACAAAUUUAUAUGCUGGAUAUCAUUCUUGGAAAGGGGACCUUCAUAUAGAUAUGCUUAGUUCUCACGACAAGUACGAUAUAUACGGUCACGGAAAACGAUUCAAAAAGGCCCAGAGAUAUGGAGCUAUGGUGCACCGCGCCCCCAAUACCUUGACAGUAAUCGACAAGAAGAAGCAUGGAAAGAAGAGACGCAUUAUAAGUCAGGGAUUUUCUGAUUUUGCACUUAAGAAGCAUGAGAUUGUGAUACUUGAACAAGUACAGCAUUUGUGUACGCAGUUGAGGAUGGGAUCGAACGGAGAACAAAUACCCAUCGGUUCCUGGUCCCCCCCAAAGGAUAUGGCACGGCUCACUAAUCAAUUAGACGACUACUUUGCUUUCGAUGUGAUGAGCAAUAUAAUUUUUGGAGUCCCUUGGUCGACCCUGCGAAGCCCGACAUAUCGUUUCAUUCCAGAAGUCAUUGAGAAGUCGAAUGUCCGUGUCGGGACUCUGACACAAGCUCCUGAAAUAAGUUUCUUGAGGUUUGAUAAAAUUGCUUUCCCCGAAGCUAUUCGCGCUAGGGAUAAAUUUGUUCGAUUUGUAGAUGAGAUGCUCAGUCAGGGAAUUAAACACGCCUCUAAAACUGGAUGCGGUGUUUUUGCAAUUUUGUCCAGGUCAAAGGAUCCUGAGACUGGUGAACCUUUGAAAAUGAGAGAGCUAGGCGGGGAAAGCGCAACUCUCAUUGUGGCGGGCACAGACACAACAUCUACCGCCCUAGCAUCAUGUUUCUUCUACUUAUCUCACAACCAAUCCUCGUAUGAUCGUGCUACUGCAGAGGUUCGAACUGUCUUUGGGUCAUCUGAGGAUAUUACAAUGGGGCCAAUGAUGAACAAAUGUGUCUUUCUACGUGCUUGCAUCGACGAAAGCAUGCGGAUGUCCCCUCCUGCAGCCAGCUCCCUAUGGCGUGAAUCUGAGGAAACCGGUGCGGUUGUAGAUGGCGAAUAUAUACCCCCGGGUGUAGAUGUAGGAACUUGCAUCUACAGUAUUCAUCAUAACCCUCAAUACUACCCUCGCCCUUUCAGCUUCCAGCCAGAACGCUGGCUUGGUACUAACAAACACGAAGACCUGGCAGAUGUACGCCUGGCACGAUCUGCUUUUAACCCAUUUUCCAUUGGUCCCCGAAGCUGUAUCGGCAAGAGUCUUGCCUAUGUUGAGCUUCAACUUUUGCUAGCUCAUAUCCUAUGGAGAUUUGAUAUUCGCUUGGCUCCAGGGGAGAUUGACACCUUUGAUUCUCAAGAGAUAGGAGAUGUCUAA